CUGCCAACUAUAUUUUGCUAAUGCUAAACAAUCGUUUUUAAUAGAAACAAGCUACCAAAAUGAGCCAAAUCAAAGGCGAGGAUAAUCUGGAGAGGCUGCGCAACUAUAUAUUGCGUCCAGACCUCGCCCUUCACAACCCGCUACCCGAAUUUGUGCCGCGCAAGUUUGAUCCGAUGCGCCUGUUGAAUGUUCCCCGGUGUCCCGGCAGCACUAAGCUGGCACCUCGCAGAGAUCAGAAUGGACAGAUCAUCGAAUUUGUGGAAAUUGAACUGGAGGACGUGGGAGCCAAUGCCAACAAUUCAAUGUCCAUGCAGCGGGAGCCGGGCCUGCUGGAGGAGGCCACCCGGGGAUCCCAUUCCAAUUUUCCCUUCUGGCCCGGUGGCUUCGAUGAACAGCGCCAGCAAAUUGCUGAUCUCGAAGUGGAGAACUUCCACUUUGGCGACAACCUACUAACAGUGCCGCCGGGAUUUUCGGUGGGCCACGACUUCUCCACGUCGCAUCCACUUCCCACAGGGCCUCAGGUUGACGACGAUCCCAGUUCUAGCAAUGUGGACCUUCUGAAGAACCUGGAGAAGGACUUGGACGUGCAAGAGUGGAUGAAACUGACUAAAGAAGGUGGCGAAUCUGCCACACCACAGUUUCCGAGCGAUGGAUACCUCCCAUUUCCCACCGAAGAGUUCAAAGACGUGGAUGACCAAAUUAUGAAAGCGGACCUGAAGCCGGUUCUAAAUAUCUCCACCACCACGAAUACCUUCAAGAGUGAUUGGGCCGAGAUGGUGGAUAUUAGCCAGCCCAUCAACAACUUCAAGGAACAGAUACCUUGCCCAGCCAUGGACUUUCCGUUCGAGCUGGACGUUUUUCAGAAGCAGGCUAUUCUGAAGCUGGAGCAGCGCCAGUAUGUGUUCGUAGCCGCCCAUACAUCGGCCGGCAAAACGGUGGUGGCAGAGUACGCUAUCGCCCUGUCCAAGCGGGAUCUCACCCGGACCAUUUAUACGUCUCCUAUCAAGGCACUGUCCAACCAGAAGUACCGUGACUUCAAGAAGACCUUCAAGGAUGUUGGAUUGAUAACUGGCGACCUGCAAAUCGAACCCACCGCCUCAUGCCUGAUCAUGACCACGGAGAUAUUGCGUUCCAUGCUUUAUUGUGGAAGUGAGAUCACCAGGGACUUGGAGUACGUUAUUUUCGAUGAAGUGCAUUACAUCAACAACCCAGAGCGAGGUCAUGUGUGGGAGGAGGUGAUUAUACUACUGCCGGACCACGUCAACAUUAUCAUGUUGAGUGCCACAGUGCCGAACACCAUGGAGCUGGCCGACUGGGUUGGCAGCACCAAAAAAAGGAAGGUGUAUGUGAUAAGUACCCUGAAAAGACCCGUGCCGCUUACCCACUUCCUCUACACGGGAGCCGGAGGAAAGAGCAGAGAUGACAUAUUCCUUUUGGUAGAUGCCCAAGGCAAAUAUCUGCAGGGCAAUUAUGAAAAGGCUGUGGAGCGGAAAAAAGAGAUGCAAGGAAAGUCCAAGUCAGGACCGGGAGGAGGUGGUUUCAAUGGACCCAAAAAUCCAAAGCUCGAUCAGUACACUUGGAUUGGGCUGAUUGACUUCCUCAAGCGCAACAACAAAAUGCCGGUGGUGGCCUUCACGCUAUCGAGGAAUCGAUGUGACGCAAAUGUGAGUGCUUUGCAGUCGGUGGAUCUCAAUACGGAGAAGGAGAAGGGAGCGGUGCAAAAGUUCUUCCUGCAGUGCUUGGCCAAGCUGAAGCCGCCGGAUCGCACUAUUCCUCAGGUUCUCGUUCUUAAGGAUGCGUUGGAAAGGGGCAUUGGCGUCCAUCACAGUGGCAUCCUGCCAAUUCUGAAAGAGAUUGUCGAAAUGCUCUUCCAGAACGGUCUCGUUAAGCUACUCUUUGCCACCGAAACCUUUGCUAUGGGUGUCAACAUGCCGGCCCGCACCGUGGUCUUUGAUUCGCACCGAAAAUUUGAUGGCGUGGAGGUCAGGAACCUAAAGCCAGGGGAGUACAUCCAAAUGGCGGGUAGAGCAGGCCGACGUGGGCACGAUGAGACCGGUACUGUGAUCCUGCUGUGCAAAGCUAACGUGCCGCCGUCAAUGGAGCUGAGACCAAUGAUCCUCGGACUGCCAGAAAAGCUACAGUCCCAGUUCAUUCUACGCUAUGCUGUCAUCCUGACGUGCUUGCGCAUCGAAAGUAUCAAGGUGGAGGAGAUUAUGCAGUUCAGCUUUAAGGAAUUCAGCCAGAAGCUGCAGCUCCCGACACAGCAGAAGCAACUUCGGGUGGCCGAGGCCAAGUUUGCAAUGCUGCCCACCCUGGGAGAGCAUCUGCACCCACUCGUCCAUUUCUAUGACAAGGCCGUGGAGUAUUGGAAGGAAAAGCACCGCAGCAUGAAAUUUAUAGUGUCCCAAGCUAAGAUUCAAAAGGAGCUCAAGGUGGGACGUGUGAUUGUCAUCACCCAUGCAAAGCACUACAACAAACUGGCUAUCCUUCUGCUCAUCAAAUCCGUACCUGGAAAGGACACUGUUUACAGAGUCCUAGUCCUUGACCAUCAAUUCAAAGCACACGAUAGUGAAGGCUUUCAGCGGGGCGAGCUCUACUACAAAAUUCUGUCCCUGACGCCCAAGUACAAGUUCUUCCAGCCAGAAGGAAUUGGUGGCCAUACCAUCCUCGAUGUUAAAGCGCAAGAUAUUGUGAAUAUUACGAAGAACACAUUCAAGGUGGACGCGGAUGUCAUCAUCCGCAACUGGGAGCAAAGACAACUGGAACGAUUUAAGGACACACCACCCGGUGGAACUGUGGUGAAAGCUGUCACCGAGUUGCACCAGCUGAAUGAAAGCUAUAUGGCGAAUCCGGCGAGCAUCAAGUUCGUGCAUUUAAGCAAGGAAAUCAACGUGAACGCGGACACGGAGUUGGCGAUGAUCCACUAUGUGGAUCAUUUGUACAAACAGGUGGACGAUCUACUGCCGCACACCAAUAUUGCCGGUUUUGAACAGGAGUUCGCCAAGGUCUUUGAGCGCCGAAUGCUAGAGAUCCACAUUGAAGAGCUACGCUUUAAGAACUCGGCCAAAAACCUAUCUCUCUACCCGGACUACUGCAACAAGUUACAAGUGCUACGGGCUCUUAAAUACAUCGACGAAUUGGACGAGGUUACCUUGAAGGGCAAGGUAGCCUGCGAAAUGGGUCAGAACGAGCUGUUGAUUACGGAGCUGAUCCUGUGUAAUAUGUUCAACGAUCUCGAACCGGCAGAGAUUGCGGCACUACUGUCUGGCUUGGUCUUCCAGGCCAAGAUUCAAGGAGAACCAUCUAUUCCGGAGCCGUUAAAGAAAUACGUUGAGUCUUUUGAGCAGAUUAAUGAAACAAUCCUGAAAGAGGAACAGCGAUUCCAAGCAUCUAUCGAGACCGAGAGUCGUCUGAACUUUGGCCUGCUAGAGGUUGUAUACGAGUGGGCCAGAAAUAAGCCAUUUGCCGAGAUUAUGAAGCUUACUGAAGUGCAGGAAGGCAUCAUUGUACGCUGCAUCCAGCAAUUGGACGAAACACUGCGAGAUGUUAAAACCGCUGCCAUUCGCAUCGGCAAUCCUGGACUGCAGUCUAAGAUGGAGGAGGCUUCGGCAGCCAUCAAGCGCGAUAUUGUGUUUACUGCAUCCCUGUACACGGAACUCUAGUCGAAGCGACAAACAAGAAAAUGAAGAAAUAUAAUUUCUUACAAUUAAAA